UCACUUAUCGUGUUAACUUCCUUCAAUCCGAAGACUUCACCAUUUCUCAUACAUUCUAACUCAAAACUCUGAUUGCCAAAACAUAUUUUACUUCUACGAGAGCCUUUGGAAACCUCCUCUCCACCUAUCCCCAAGAAAAAACAUGUGUGAAUCCAAAAGCUUCACUCUGUGGCUUCUCCAAGUUGUGGUCCUCCUUGGCCUCCUCGCCUUCUUUCUAUGGUUAAUGUUGCAUCCCAAAGCCCCCACCUACACCAUUGUGGGGUUCUCCGUUCCGGUCCCCAACAAUGGCAGUAACACUACUACAGCUGGGCAAGGCUAUGAUCAGAAUGGAUCUCUCACAUUCUACCUUGAGAUUAAAAAUCCCAACAAGGACUCUAGUGUCUACUAUGAUGACAUAUUGUUAACAUUUUAUUACAAUCAAGAUACUGUGGGGGAGAGAACAUUGCCUUCUUUUCAUCAGGAUAAAGAUAAGACCUCUCAAUUUAUAGACAAGGUGGAUGCCAAUGCAAGAGUGUGGAAAACACUUGGCAAAGCAAUCGCAAAUAAAACUGCAGAAGUGAAGGUGGAUUUAGUAACCAAGUUUCGGUAUAACAUGUGGGGUCGUACAAGUAAGCAUCAUGGGAUGAACUUGCAGGGUCGUGUACCCAUUGGAUCAGACGGAAAGAUUUCUGGUAAGAAGAAGAUUAAGCUAAGAAAAGGUUUCAAGAAAUUAAGAUUGAAGGUUACUUGAUUAUUAGGAACAGCUAAUAUAUUUAUUUUCCAGUGUUCAAAUCUAUACAUAAUUACUUUCAAUAUUCAAAUUCUUGUGUCACUGAGAAUGUGAUAAAAUGUAAAUCUUUUAGGUUCUGUGUAUCAUGCUGUUACAGGAUUUAAGUAUGAAUUGUUAUAUCUACAAUUUCAAGUAGUGCACA